CUGAGGUGGGAGGAUUGCUUAAGCCUGGGAGGUUGAGGCUGCAGUGAGCCAAGAUUGUGCCACUCCCUCCAGUCUGGGUGACAGAGCAAGACCUGGUCUCAAAAAAAAAAAAAAGGUUUCUUGCACCUGCACAAAAUUCCCAAGUGACUUGGAUAUAUACUCAUAUUCCUUUGCCUGGUCUCCUGACCCCACUUCUACGUGGAAGCCCCUGGUCGCUUCUCCCUCCUUUGAGAUUACAGAUUAAGUAGGUUUGAUCCAUCCAAAUAAAGUAGUGUCUUAAGUGUUUGGGGUGAACCACAUUGACUCAGGUUGGGAACAAGAGAUGGAGGGUUCCUAAUUUCUUCAGGUUGUUCACAUACAUCAUUUAAGAGUUGCAGAGACAGCCCAAGAAUUCAAUAUAUGCGUGUGUGGGUAUGUAGGUUUUCUUUUGGGGGAGGUGAAUGGAGAACUGGGUAGGAUAGAAGUCAAGUUUUUAGGGCAGAAGAUCUGAUCCAAAAUAGGAAAUAGAGGAAGGGAAACACAAAGAAAGGAUAGUUCAAGAUCCCUACUUCAAUACGAGGGUCCCCCAAACUCAUGUUUUACAUCCUUUUUGCCUGGUUCAGAACUUUCUGUAAAGAUGCCUUGGCCAUUUUUCUCUCAAUACAAAAAAGUUUGUAAAUAAUGAAACCCCAAAAGAACAUGGAGAAAGACCAACACAGUAUAUUUACACAAACUAGGCCACCUAGCAGUCACCAACUGCUACAAAGUCCAGACAAAUACAGGAACUAGAGGGGGCAGCAUCAGGGGAAAACAAACCCAGGAUCAGAUGUGCACCCCUGAACACGUGCUGUCACGCUUGUCCCAUUUCAGCCCAGCAAGGGAGGUUCGUGGUGAUCUUACAGGAUGUAAAUGAGGCCCCCUUUUCUCCUUAGUUACCGUGAUACUGAAUCCGCGCUGCAGCAGGGCACGAUGCCGGCUGUGCACACCACAUGAAGAGGCCCUCCCUUACGGGGCUCCCUUGAACCCAAGAAUUUGGAAAAGUUAAGAAUUUUAGUCCUUGCUUCAUAUAUCCUUCCCUGGACAGCACAGGAGGGAUACAGGGGCACUGGUCUUAACAUUUAGCCUUCCUAAGUCACGUUUUUUAUGAAUGCACACACAUAUCCCCUGUUGUGGAUGGUAGGUCUAGCCCAGUCCAGUGAAGGACGGAUCUGGGGUAUGAAGCAAGUCCCAUGCCCUAGGAUUAGGAAACCCUCACCUAACCUUGGUGUCCCUUGGUGUCUCAGCACCUUAGUCUAAUUUUCAGUCUUCCAGUAGCCAGAGAUCAAGUCUUGGGCAAUCCAGUGGAACCCUAGUCUCCUGUGAAACAUUUUCAAGGUGGGGGGGUUCAGGAGCGGGCUUACUGGUAUCGAGCGGCUGCCCCAGCCUGGAGCAGGUGGCCAAGGGCGAGGGCUAUACCCACAUCCAUUGUUUCACCCACUGCCUUGACACCCUGGUGAGAAACUUUCUGUGUCACCAUCACAGUGUCCAGAUCAUCCUGGGCACUGCCAGGGCCAUCUGCAGCCAUUUCUAAAGCUCUGUGGAGGCUUGGGGGCUCCUCACCCAGCUCCAGCGCCAGCACGCCAUCCCGGCCCACCAGCCUCUUGAGGAGCUCUUGGCCCACUGGGUCUUGGCCUACCACCUGCUGGAGUGGCUGGUGGAGCAGCAGCAGCCCCUUCAAGAGUACAAGGGCAGGCACCAGCUGGGGAAGGCUGGUGUCACCUUGUCGGCCACAUUCUGGAGCCUGGCAGACAGCCUCAGCAAGCUCCUGCAGCCCUUCCAGAUGGCGGUCCACGAGGUGAGUGUGGUGCAGGCGUCUCUGAGUCAGGUGCUGCCCCAGCUGCGCUACCUGCACAUCUUCCUGGAGCAGGUUCACAGACACUUUCAGGAGCAGAGUGUCGGGGAGGCGGGCGCAGCCAUCCAGCUGGCUAAGGGGUUGGUCCUGCAGCUCUGCACCGACUGUCAGCUCAGUGAGCUCUUCUACCGCGAGGAGUUUGUGCUGGCCACCUUGCUGGACCCUUGCUUCAAAGGCAAGAUUGAGGCCAUCCUUCCUGUGGGGGCCGACAUUGACCACUGGAAGCAAGUCCUUGUGUACAACGUGAAGGAGAUUAGGGUGUCUGAAUACUCUUUGACCGCCCCCAGCCCCCUGCAAAGCCCCAGGGGUCUAUGCGUGGACCCCACCAGGGUAGCCAGGAGCUGCGGGGUGGAGAGGAAGACGGGGGAGCCUCUGCAGAGCAGUGGCUGCUCUGGGGCCUUCCUGCUGGCCCAGAGGGAGAAGGGCUUGCUGGAGAGCGUGGGGCUGUUGGCCUCCGAGAGGAGUGGGGACUCGCUCUCCACCAAGAGCCACUGGGCCAGCAUCAUUGUCAGGACGUACUGGGAGAAUGAGACCGUCAGAGCCCAAGACGACCCCCUGGCUUCCUGGGAGAAGAAGCAAGAAGCCUGGCCACCAUCUAUCUGUCUUACCCCCGACAAAAGCCUUCUCUGAAAGCAUAUUUGCCUCCCUGAACAGCCCCACCCUUGUAGAGCAAAACUCUUUUCUCAAGGUGGAGGCCAUCGAGCAUACUUGAAGACCAACCUGGAGCAGUUCCCCAACUACACCCCGCCUCCCCUCAUCUGCUCUAGUGGUGACCUGGCCAAAGGGAUACAGGCCCUGCAGUCCGCUCAGUGUGGGAUGGCAGACAUGGCAGGUGCCAGUGCUCACCCUGCCCGUGAACUCCUAGAGAGCCUCUGUCUGUAGUAGGUCAAAGCAGAGAGCCGGGUGUUACAUCCUGGGUGCCGCAUGCUGAUGGCCAGAAUCUUAAACCUAUUUGGUAAGAAAGGGUCAGUUUCUCACUUGACAGAUUGCCAUAUAUAUUUUUUUUUCUGGGAGAUGUCAUUUUCCAUCUCCCCAUUACUUCCUUUAUGUCUAGCAGUAUGUGCUGAGAAGAGGCUUACUCUCUUCGUAGGUGACUGAAUUUUGUACUACGUGGCUUUGUACAUGUGAUGCUCUGUUAAAACAUAAGUGGGUGUGAAGGUCCUUGAAUACACCUUGUCUGUGUGGGUAAGUGGAUACAUGCCCUUAAGAGGCUUGCUUUCUCAAAAAGCGUACAAGGAUGUGGAAUGGGCGUGUGCUGGCAGAUGGGAUAUGUCCUCAGCCUCUUGGGGGCUGGGUAAACUAUUGCAGCACUAUCUAAGGCUUUCACUGUAGGGAGAAGGAAACCCCAAGGUAGAAUAGCCAUUUCCAGAGAGAAGUGCACAUAUACCCCACACACCAGUCUUUUUGGGGGUAUCGGAGUAGCCAGAGAACCCGACUGAUGGGACUGACCAGCUAGCUAGGAGAGCUGAGAUGCCAGUCCUCAAAUGGUGUUCUUACCAAUAGUCUAUUUCCAGACUACUGGAAACCUUGGGGUUUCUUCCUCCAGUGACAGCAGCCUCAGUAGCUUUCCUGGGCUCCCAGUGGCCGGCUGUACACCCUGCCUGCCAUCACCCUUGCCCCUGCUUGUCGUGCACCACUUUUAAAGGGGAAGUUCCUUAUUUGAAAGAGAGAAAGGAUGUGUGUAGCACACACUCAUCAUGGAUUGCUCAGAGUUCCUUUAGGGCAGAGCUGAGGGCCUGGGAUCCAGGAACCAGUGGGAUUGGACAGGAGAAGAAAGAAAGGGGUGGCCCGUCAACCCCGCAAGACUUGCAUCCAGGUAGCCUAAGGGUUCCUGGUCACUGGGUAGGGUGGCUGCUGAGAUGCAGGUCGGAAGAGGCAGGGAAGGCUCCAGGCCUAACUUGCAGCAUGUCACUGGCCAUGGAGGUGACGGGACAGACUCUCGCCUUACUGGCUGGCAGCCCCAGGAACCUGUUCCCUUGCCUCUCCUAGAUGGGUUGCCAGCCCUGUGUUUCACUGUGACCAAUUCAUUCUGAUAUUUGGAUAUUACUGAGAAUGUAAGGAAGCAGGAAAAAUUAACUACACUCCUUUCAUUCAGAGAUAGCCUCUAUCAACAGUUUGACAUUUUUCCCUCUUUUACAUUGAGAUCAUACCCUAGGUACUGUUUAGUAUGUGAUAUUUUCAUUUUCACAGUAUAGUAACUGCACCUGUUAAAUAAAGUUUUGUAAACAUUU